CCGCAACUCCUCCGACGAGACCGGCACCUUUCAUUCAGACACAUUCAAAGCUACACCUUGUUUCAAGACACCUCAAAUUCUAGCGGCCGUCAACUUGUUAGAAUUUGCUAUUUUACCCACCAGAAGCGCACAAAUGUCGUCUGCGGAGGCACCCAAGGUGCCUGUUUACUCGAGCAAUGAUCUGAAAUCCACGACCGACGAUGCCCUAGCUCCGCACCUCACCACCCUCCCGCAACCGUACCGAUUCACCCAAGACAACUCCAAGAUCAACGUCCGCUUGCUUCUGGGCUACUCGGCCGUCGCCAUCGCCGGCUUCACGUUCUACGCGGACCGCGUGCUGAAGUGGGAGGCGACGCGGUCGCCGUGGAUCCUGGCGGCCGUCGCAUCGUACUUCACCCUCAACUCUUUGCUCACAUACUGGAUCUGGGCCGUCGAGGCCGGCGAGGUGUUCCGCGGCAAGCGCAAGUCGGGAGAAACGAUUGUGAUCCGCUCCUCCGUCAAGAAACAUUCCCCUCUUUACAAGCUCAACGUUCAGUACAAGUCCCCCGCGGGCAAGGUGAUUCAGGAGAAGGAGAUCGAAACCUCGUUCACGAAGUGGUUCGCGGCGGAUGGCACGUUCCACAUCCAGCCGCUCCGCAACUGGUUGGCUAGCGAGAUUGAGGUCCUGCGGCUCGCGGCGAUUGAGAUUGAGAAGAAGACUGGUGGUGUUGCGAGCCAUGUUGCGGUCGAGGAUGCGGAGCAGAGCGAAGGGGUUAAGGUUGCAGAAAAGAGGAAGUGAAGGGUGUCGCGCUGUACAAGCUUUCUUUAUAUACCACAAACAUCAAUGUGGUUUGCAUGUCAAAAAUGGCGCAGGCUCUGGGUCGUGUCUGGUGUGAGUAUCGGGUUUCUCUAUCGGAUUAUGUCUGCGAAUCUUGGAAUGAUAGCUUAGAUGUGAUUGAGGACACAGUC